AUCAAGUACAGAUAAUCAAUACGAAUGUGAAAAGGAUCAGGAGUUUCACUGGAACCUCUCACCGCCUUGCGGUAGUAUACUCAUAAUUACUUGUCCAGCUCAACUGAUCAUGAGAAACCCUGGGACUUUAGUCAGGAUAAUCAAGCUUGGUAGUGAGAGUCUCACAGCUUAG